AUGAGGACCGAUGCACUCGCUCUGAUGGCAGUUGCCCUUGCAGAAGCCAGCCCAGGAGGGGUCCCGGGGAGCCAGGUCCAAGCCCUUCUCCGAGCCGUCUCGGCGCUGGCUGGGCCCGUGGCUUCCUCGUCGACAUCACUCGUGCAGCGCCGGAGGCGGCGCCGUUCGGGGGCCUCGGAGUCUCUCCCUCAGCCUGGACGUGCUCCUGCCUCCUUGAGGCCGCGGCAGCAGCAGGCAUUCCGACGUUCGCAGCGGCAGUCGUCGCGGCUUCCGCCGUUGGGGCGUCGCUUCGCACCCCAGUCGCAGCAGACACCGCCGCCGCCAGCACGGCCGGCGACACCGGCGCCGGUGACGCGGAUAGCGCCGCCUCUGCAGUCUCAGCAUCGCUCCUCGGUGUACCAUGUUCCUCCGUCCCCUCCUCCGCCCGCUCAGGUCCCUCAGUCUGUGUCGGGCCCCUCGUCAUUCCAUCAGUACUCAUUCCAAGGCCCCCCUGUGCAGCACCCAUGGGUUCCAGUAACGCCUCCUGCCUCGCCGCCCCCUCAAGCCGUGGUUCCUGGUCAGCCUCCAACUCUCGUCGAGCAGCGCGUGAUGCACGUGGGGACUUGCUUGACGCUCUUGUCGUACGUGCUAGACCAGCUUCACGUGACUCUGGUGCAGCAGGAGGUGCAGAUCGGGGCAAUGCAGCCAGCGGAGCAGACGGCGGCAGUGGCGGCAGCGGAGGAGUUGCAGCAUUACCUCCCGCGGAUUGGCUUUGUGCCGGGCUCCCCCGGGGCUGCCCUCGGGCCCGGCCCUGGAGCUUUGGCACGGCUUGCCGAGUCUGCCCAGGAGGACCCUCUCGACCUUGUAGCCGCUGCCGCGUCCGUCCUACGCUGGUUGGACGGGCGGCUUUGCUGGAUCCUGGCUGAGUAG